AAUCAGCCUGUGCAGGAGCAACAUGAGCAGCCAGCCUGGAUCAGGGGACACGUCCGGUGUGGAUCUCUCCCGGGAUCUGGAUGAAUGUAUGGAAGCUCUGAAUCUGUUUUUGGAUAACCAGUUUAAUGAAAGUCUGGAUCUUCUGCAGCCGAAGGCUAGAGACAGCAUGUACCACGGCCUCGUAUACGGAACCAUACUGGAAAUGAAAGCAAUGAUGACGUUUGAGCCAGAAGACAUUAUCAACGCCGGACAGAACAUGAAACGGGCGCAGGAGAUCUGCCAGAGAUUCAGGAAGAAGACGUCGCUUAUCAACAAGUCAGGAGCGGAUUCCUAUACAGAAGUUGAAUUGCACGCCGAGGUGUGUUACGCUGAGUGUCUCCUGCAGAGAGCGGCUCUCACGUUCCUGCAGGAUGAGAAUAUGAUCAACUUUAUCAAAGGUGGAAUGAAGGUUCGGAACAGCUACGUGAUUUAUCGAGAUCUGAACGGGCUCAUGCAGUCUAAUAACUUCCAGAAGGGGGAGUCGCAGGUGCACCUCGAGGGCGGAGUCUCACUAGGGAUUGGAGCAUUCAACCUGACUUUAUCCCUCUUCCCACCCCGGAUCCUGAGGUUGCUGGAGUUUGCCGGGUUUUCGGGGGAUAAGGAGUUUGGUCUGUCUCAGCUCAACGAAUGCGCCAUGUCUCACAACCUACGCUCUCUGCUGUGCACAAUGUUACUGCUCUGCUACCACACCUUCCUCAGCUUCAUUUUGGGGACUGGCGAGGAUAACUUUUUGGAAGCAGAAUCCAUCCUUCAGCCUUACCAGACCCGCUACCCCAAGAGCGCCAUCUUCCUGUUCUUUGCCGGGCGGAUUGAAGAAAUUAAAGGCAAUAUCGAUGAGGCCGUGCGUUGGUUUGAGGUGGGUUGUUCGGCUCAACAGACUUGGAAGCAGUUCCAUCACAUGUGUUACUGGGAGCUCAUGUGGUGCUUUGCCUAUAAAGGGAUGUGGAAGGUGGCGUAUUUCUACGCGGACCUCCUGUUCAAAGAGAAUCGGUGGUCUAAGGCCAUGUAUGUGUACAUGAAAGCGGCCUUCUUAAGUAUGUUACCUGCAGACGAAGCACGGCCCUUUGGUGAAAAUGAAGUAGAUUUAUUCAGGCUGGUGCCUUCAUUAAAACAGAAAAUAGCAGGAAAAUCUCAACCUACUGAAAAAUAUGUCAUCAGGAAAGCCAGGCGAUACCAAGCCAAAGAGCCAGCCCCCCUGCCUGUGCCGGCUCUGGAGAUAAUGUAUUUAUGGAAUGGGUUUUCUGUUCUUGGAAAAGACCCCCAACUGACAGAAAAUGCCCUGAAUACCCUGCGAUGCGCUGAGAGUCGCCUGCACGAGGAGCCAGCAAAUGAAUAUCUGGAUGACGAUCUCUGCUCCAUUCUGCUUAUGAAGGGUUUGUGUUUGAGGCAUCAGGGACGGUUGACACACGCCGAGGAGUGUUUUAUACGGAUAUGCCAAAGUGAGAAGAGGAUAAAAUUUGAUCAUCACUUGAUCCCGAACGCAUUGCUGGAGCUCGGCCUUCUGUAUAUGCAGCAGCGUAGGGGAGAGGAUGCUGUUCCCAUUCUUCGCCGUGCUAAGAACAGUUAUAAAAAUUAUUCCAUGGAAUCGCGCACUCUGUUUAGGAUUCACGCCGCGCUGUCUAAACUCAAGGCCCCGGACUCUGAGGAGAACAGUGUAGACGGAGCAGCUCUGUCCUGAUGCGUCCUCAGCCGCUUAUAAACAGUUAAUGAAGAUGUGAAAUGAUUCCGGCCAUCUCAAAACUGAUUACACGGAAGCAAAAAUCAACACGCAGUGCUGUAUAGCGGUGCCGAGUAUCCCAUCCGUGUGCCAGAAAUCGCUUGAUCUGGAAGCGUAACCACAGCGUCUGCUUUAUUACUUUGUAGCGGAAUCCUCCGUUGGUUUAAUGAAGGAACGUAUCGCCUUAACGAAUGCUAAUGAUUGUAAAUGUAAUAAAUUGUACAGUUUUCAUUA